CCAAACUUUCAUAAUUAUUUGAAAUCAAAUGACGUAUUAACAAGAAGAUCAUCCAAAUGAUCCCGCAGCAGCAGAACUAAAUAGUUUGAUUAGAGCGGUGAAGUUUAAUAAUUAUUAUAUAGGUUUCGGUGUCUCAUCAUCUUCCACAAACCAUCGGUCCAAUCCUCGCAUGCAGGAGACCAUUCAAACAGCGGGACCUUCAUCAAUUUCAGUGCUAGAGCCAUUAAUGGCGGUAGUGCCUUUCCCUGUGAUGACAGAACAAUUUCUUUAAUGGUUUGUGAGAUUGGCAAAAGCUAUCGUCACCACAAACAUCCAUCGCUACGUUUUGUUUGUAUAUAUACAGCCUGAUCCAAGUCCAAUGUAUUCGACUAUCUUAAUUACUAAUUAUCCAUCCAUGGCAAUCCCAUUCUACUGCUAUUUUCUGCUCUUUCUCUUCUUGUUUAUCCUCACAAAACAUCUGGUUUUGCCAAGCAAAAGACUCCCACCAAGCCCUGCACUUUCCCUCCCCAUUAUUGGCCACCUCCAUCUCUUUAAGAAACCCCUACACCGAUCCUUUGCAAAACUUGCAGAACAUUAUGGUCCAGUUCUCUUCAUUAGGUUGGGCUCUCGCCCUGUCCUCCUUGUUUCUUCCCCCACUGCCGCCGAGGAAUGCUUCACCAAAAAUGACGUUGUUUUUGCAAACCGCCCUCGCUUCCUCUCCGGAAAAUACCUUGGUUACAACUACACUACCCUUGUUUGGGCCUCCUACGGCCACCACUGGCGUAACUUGAGGCGCAUAGCCUCUCUCGAACUUCUGUCAUCCAAUCGCCUCCAAAUGUUCUGUAGCAUACGUGUUGACGAGGUUAGAUCGUUAAUUCACCGGCUUUUUCUGGACUCGGAUGGGGUUGAGUUUCGGACCGUGGACAUGAAGUCUACGUUUUUUGAGCUUGCACUUAAUGUCAUGAUGAGGUUGAUCGCAGGAAAGCGGUAUUAUGGAGAGAACGUGGAGGUGAAACUGGAGGAAACUAGAAAGUUUAAGAAAAUUGCCGUGGAGACCUUUCAGCUCAGUGGGGCAACAAAUAUAGGAGAUUUUCUGCCGGCUUUGAAGUGGGUUGGAUCGAGAGGACUGGAGAAAAGGUUAGUGAUACUGCAGGGGAAGAGGGAUAAGUUCAUGCAGGACUUAAUUGAAGAACGUCGAAGAACAAGGGGUGAUUCUGCACUUGAAAAUAGCGGCAAGACCAUGAUUGACGUCCUAUUGUCUCUGCAAGAAGCUGAACCAGAGUAUUAUACGGAUGAUAUUAUCAGAGGCAUGAUGCAAGUCUUGUUGACAGCAGGGACAGACACUUCAGCUGGAGCAAUGGAGUGGGCAUUGUCACUUCUGCUGAACAACCCAGAGUCCCUUAUGAAAGCCCAGGCUGAAAUUCACAAUCACAUUGGACAAAACAGGCUGCUCGAGGAAUCAGAUUUUACAGAGCUUCCCUAUCUCCGCAGCAUCAUAAACGAGACACUCCGGAUGUACCCACCUGCCCCAAUUCUUCCCGCCCACGAGUCAUCCGAGGAAUGCACUGUUGGGGGCUUUCACGUCCCGCGCGGCACAAUGCUACUGGUAAAUGCGUGGUUCAUACAAAAUGAUCCAAAAUUAUGGGCAGAGCCUAGAAAAUUUAAGCCAGAGAGGUUCCAAGGUCUGGAGGGGGAAAAGAAAGACGGCAUGGUGUUCUUGCCGUUUGGAGCAGGAAGAAGAGGUUGUCCUGGGGAGGGCCUUGCGAUCCGGAUGGUGGGUCUGGCCUUAGGAUCACUUAUUCAAUGCUUUGAGUGGAAAAGAAUUGGAAAGGAACUGGUGGACAUGACAGAAGGAGCAGGGCUCACUUUGCCAAAAGUGCAGCCCUUACUAGCCAUGUGUAGGCCACACUCUGCGAUGGAAAAUUACUUUUCUAAACUCUGAGAAGACUAGAAUCACCUCUAGGCUCCAUAUGUUCUUUGCUCACUUCAGUCUCAUAUUCCUAUUUUCUAGCUGUUGCCUUCUGUUUUGGAUUUGGAAG